UUUUGGUUCCCCACCGCACCUUCUACUGCUGAGCUUUGAGCUCAUCAGGAUGGUGCUUUUUCAUAUUUUUAGCGAAUUUUCCAUAUUAGGUUUGUGUAGAUUGUACAAUGAAAAUGGUUAUACUACUAUCUUUUACGUACGUACAUUUUAAAUACGUGUAAAUGUUAGGAGUAGAGGCGUGUACAACAUGAAUGCAAAUAGUACAGUUCACAUUUUUCAUAGCGUCAAGGGCGCAACAAUUUGUUAGUGCAAAGAUAGGGGGGAACAGCACCGACGAUCUUUGUCACAGAGGAACAUAACACAAAAUACCACCCGGAGUGAUUUCUUAGCAGAUCCCUUUUCUUCUUUUUCGAGCGCUAGCUGUACUAAUGUUUGAUUCUUCUUGUUUUUUUCCUGUCAGCGAGCAAUCAGCAUGCCGGGCAGCAGCGGCGUGACCGCCUUCGACGACCUGCCCGAGUGGCUCGUCGUCGACGAGAUCCUUGUCCGCUUGCCGCCCAAGGACGUACUCCGCUGCCGUGCCGUUCGCAAGUCGUGGCGCAGCGGCACAUCCACCGACGCGUUCAUCCUCGGACACCACCGUCGCCAGCCCUCGCUCCCCAUCAUCCAACACAAAUUAGGCAUCUGCCGCGUCGUCGGAGGCUCCAAUGAUCUAAAGAUACGGCCUGUCAUCCGGUAUGAUGGCUCCUUUACAAAAUUCCAACUCCAAGCCGCCUGUGAUGGCCUCCUCAUCGUGUCGCAGCAAGCCAAUUUCUUCAUCUGCAAUCCAGCCACCCUCAAGUGUGCUUCCCUGCCACGUCCUCCACUACGGCCACGCUUCAGUUUCAUCGACGUAGUCGGCUUCUACCGGCACCCCACAUCUGGAGAACACCGGAUACUCUGGGUGUCAUACACGAAACCCAUUAGGAUUUACGAGACAUUUCAGUUGCCUGAUUACUUUAUCCUUGCGGUGGGAUCGAGCCAGCCAAGAUGCAUCCAAUGGCCGACUGUUUCAAAACAAAAGUAUUUUCCUGCUACCCGGUCUACCGAUUGUCCGCCAGUCCACCAUCGUGGUAGCCUGCACUGGCUAAUGGGCCUCAACAUAGUAGUAUUUGACACCGUAGCCGAGACAUUCCGGCAGAUGAGCCGCCCAACACAGUUGGGCGAUAUGGUGUCAUUGUUGGAUAUGGGCGAGGCCCUUGCUUUGUGCCACGUCGCCCCUGACUGCGCUACAUUAGAUGUUUGGGUGUUGCAGGACUAUGAUGCCGGGACCUGGGGCUUUCACUACCGGAUUGACCUGUUAGGGAUGGAGGCAUCACCACCGAUUAAUUGGAUGUUCCAAUCUAUCCCUAGGAUGGCUCUGAUCAAUGAGCGUGAGCUGUUGAUCCAGAGGCAUAUUCACCAUCUAUUGCAUUGUGACAUUGAUGGUGUGUUUUUAGGUAAUGUGGAAAGCGAAGAGCGUUUAUCGUGCUGGACACUUACUCGGCAUUGCCUCCAAGAGAGCAUGAUUUCACUUCCAUUGUUUGAGACGCAAGAAGAAGAAGCUGUGAACCAGGAGCCUCCAUUCUCCAUUGUGUUAUAAAGAUGCCAUGCUCCAUGUUAAUGCUUUGGACUAGUUGUUUGCGGUGCCCUUAGAGUAUCUGUCCCAUAUGGGCCAUGCUUGUAUUCUUACCAUUCAGUACUUUGAUGUUGUAACUUGUAACUUCUAAACAAUGGAGUAUCUACAGAAUCGUUUACUGUUCUCCCCUCCCAUGUUUACUUUCAGCUUGCAAUGUUAAAAACAACGAAUGGCGUGGUUGCAGUUUGGAAUGGCCGA